CUUGGUAUCUAGUCGUUCCUUUCACAAUGCGAGCUAAACUGUUCAAUUUGACAACCCUAUUUUUGACAACAGUUAUUUUCCAAGAAACAAGAGAAUUUCGUUUUAUGAGGACUAUUCAAUCAGUUGGGCAUCCGUACUAUAAGAUACUGAUGUCAUUGGGCACUUGUAAAGAAAAUGUUCUUUUUACUGAUCAGAAAAUUUGGGCAAAAAUAGCAAUGAAUCGCAUUCUAGACAUUUACUACAGGUGUGAUAAUGAAUUAGUCAAAAUAUCAAGAGUGGAAAUCAUACUUAUAAUUAACAAUACAAGCAGUUUUGCGUUUUCGGAAGAUGGUGUGGGUAGAUCUGAAUUUUCUGGAACGUUAUAUCUGCCAACGCAUCUUAAUUUCGUAAUUUAUUCUCUUACUAUAUACUCAUGCAAUCUGGGAAAACAAUACGUUACGUCGCCGAAAACAGUUGGCAGAGACGAUCCGCAACAUACUUACAUGCCUUUCCUUCGAGAUAAAAUAACAGUUAACUGAUUAACAUAAUUAUUAAUGACAGUAAUUCGUAGUAGUAAUUUAACUAUUUCUACAAAAAGUUAGUUAUGUAAUAAUUUCAUUAUAAACAAUAAACAGUUAAAGAAAUUACGUUAAAAUUAUUUUCUCUCAUUUUCCAUUGUCUAGUUAUUUUGGCACAGAAACGUAGGUAGCAAAUUAAUAAAAUCAUUUUAAUUAAAAUUAAUGCAAAAAUGUGAAUAUCCAAAACUUUAUUAAUUAGUUUAUAAUUUUUUAAGGCAUGUAACCCAACAUAAUAGUACUGUCUCACUUGCACUAAUGAAAUGUGCAUAAAGCUGUCCUGCUGUCGCUAAGACAAUAGUUCAACGACAAAUUGACAAUAACAAUGGUGCCAACUUAGGAGAUUUCACCCAAAACCUGGGGUAAAAAUAUGACUCUGUUGCCCAUAAAAGAAAAAAAGGAUAAAAUAUCUGUACAAGGUGCUGGGUACAGCAAACAAAACGAAAUAUUUAUAUCAUAUCAGUUUAAAAAAAUCCAACGUAGUAAAUCUCAAUCUGUUUGAUUCAAUUCUUAUGUUUUGUUUCUGUAAGAAAAUUAUCAAAGGAAUAUUAAAAAAAUAUCAUUUUAUUACGUACUUAAAAUAUUUUGUUGUAUUGAAACGUUGAAGUAGUUUACUGACCUAGGAAACUAACUAAUUCUUUGGCGAUUUCAACAUGUCUUGUCUACAUGGCUAACUUCGCUAAUUCUAGCUAUUUAUUUCUUUCAUAGAAAAUUGAGAGUAUCGGAAAACACUACCUAGUCCUUUCAAAAUCAGAUGCAUUUUACAAUUUAAUUAUUAUCGUUAAUUCCCGUGAUAUAAAUCAAAUUAUUAUUGUUGUAAACU